CAGCUUGAGUCUGACAGUGGGAGGGGCUUCGAGCAGGAGGUCACAACAGUCAUGGCGUGCAGAGGAUUUAUUAUGAAAUGGAGCAAAGCAGAGUUCGUUAGAUCGCCAAACGCUGUGUCGCGGUGCUCAAGACUCAACCAGUACCAGCAACAGAGGUGCGGUUUCCGCCGGGAAGCUAAGAGGACAGAUACCAAAACGGGAAAUGUCACACAGCAACAAACCAAAGCAUCACCGCCUGAGGCGGGCACGCCAGGACCCCCGCCUCCUCCUAAAGUCCGACGGCCAACGCUCUUCAGACCACUGAUGUUCACAGUAGGGUUUGCAGGGUGCUCCUUUGGCGGCGCGGCCAUUCUGCAGUAUGAGACCCUGAAAGCCAGAGUUCAGACUGCAAAAGAUGGGGAGGAAUUAGAGAAACUCAUGAUGGGCUCCCAGGAUAUGGCGUACUGGCACGACUGGUGGAACCAACUGUCCGGCUUCCAGCGGCAGCUGCUCCUCCUCGUGUCCAUAGUGGACGACUUCUGGAGCAGCCUCACAGAGGGACAGAGGACUGCUACCGGUAUUAUAGCAAUAAACGUUGCGGUUCUGUGUUGCUGGAGGAUCCCUUCGAUGCAAAGAACUAUGAUAAAGUACUUCACAGCCAACCCUGCCUCCAAAACACGGUGCCUUCCCAUGGUUCUGUCUUCCUUUAGCCACUACUCCAUUAUCCACAUGGUGGCCAACAUGUACGUCCUAUGGACGUUUUCCUCCGGUAUCGUCUCCCUCUUAGGCAAAGAGCAGUUUCUUGCAGUCUACCUCUCUGCUGGUGUGAUAUCCACAAUGGUCAGUUACGUUUGUAAAACAGCCACCGGGCGUUUCUAUCCAUCACUAGGGGCGUCAGGUGCUGUCAUGGCGGUACUUGCUGCAGUCUGUACAAAAGUACCAGAGGCCAAGCUAGGCAUCAUCUUCCUCCCUGUGCUCACUUUCACUGCCGGAAAUGCUCUCAAAGCAAUUGUGGCCAUAGAUGCGGCGGGGCUCAUGCUGGGAUGGCGGCUGUUUGAUCAUGCUGCUCACCUUGGCGGUGCUCUCUUUGGAGUCUGGUACGUGGCAUACGGCAACAAGCUAAUCUGGAGAAGGAGGGAGCCUCUCGUGAAGCUGUGGCACGAUUUUCGCUCUCUCGGUGGCAGAGGAUCAAGGCCCGGUGGUGGAGGACCUGGAACCCAGUAAUCCCACCUAAAGAUCCCUGAAAUCCGACGCCAACGGGAUUCCUCUCAUCUCUGAAAAGACCUGGAUUUUUUCUAAUCUGUUGAAGGGGCUGUCAGUUUUCCUGAAUAAAUAUAGAAGUAUAUUAAAAUAAAAUGUUGUAUUCAAUGUGAACGAAACAGUGAGUUAGCUCACCUAAUGAUAUUUAGAGACUUAAGAUUUAAUGAGGCCAUAUUGGCAUUUUGGGGCGCUUCCCUCCUACGGUGUGGUACCACUUGUUUCCUUCUAAGGCUUUCAUAUCGCAGCAUAAAAAGGUGAAUACAUUUGAUCUCAGAUGAACAAUAGCAAAUAAAGAGACCAUUUUUUUUAA